UGGCAGCCUCACCCCUACACUGGUGGUCUUGAAUUCAGGUCUGAGAUCUAUGGAUGAUCCUGUGCUGGCAGAGCAUGGCGUACUUUUGCUGCGGCAGCUGGAGAAGAUGAGAGCGGCCCAGGAGCUCACUGAUGUGCUACUGUUGGCAGAGGGAGUUCCCUUCCAUUGCCACAAGGUGGUGCUGUCUGCUUUCAGUCCUUACUUUGAGGCAAUGUUCACAUGUGGUCUAAAAGAGACCCGUGGAGGAGAGGUGCCUCUCAGAGACACUCCUGCUCAGAGUCUGAAGCUGCUGCUAGACUACAUGUACCGAGCUGAACUUCCACUGUCUAACAACAACAUUCAGGGAGUGGCGUCUGCUGCCUUUCUGCUGCAUGUAGAUGGAGCCUUCAGGUUGUGUCAGGGCCACAUGGAGGCCAGUAUGGACCCCUCCAAUUGUGUGGGUCUGUAUCACUGGGCCAGAGACCUGGGGGCCAUCAGUCUGGCAAACUGUGCCUUGAGAUUCCUCUGCCAACACUUUGCACAGCUUUCCUCGUAUGCUUAA